AUGUCCAUCAACGAAUAUGCAAAGGAAUUGAAGGCGGCUUUGGCUCAGUACCCAAAUUUCCCCAAGGAAGGCGUUCUAUUCGAGGAUUUUUUGCCUAUCUUCAGAUCCCCUCAACUCUUUCAGAAGCUUAUCGAUGCAUUCAAGAUGCACCUGGCGGAGGCCUUUCCUGAGACAAAGAUAGACUACUUGGUGGGGCUGGAGUCGCGUGGAUUUUUAUUUGGGCCUUCUCUAGCGCUGGCAAUUGGCGCAGGGUUUGUUCCUGUACGCAAAGCGGGCAAGCUUCCUGGGCAGGUUGUGAAGACUACGUAUGUGAAAGAAUACGAGGAGGACGUAUUUGAGAUGCAGGUUGAUUCCAUCCCUGUGGGCGCUACUGUUGUUGUUGUUGACGAUAUUCUUGCCACGGGUGGUUCAGCAGGCGCUGCUGGGGACCUUAUUAAGCAGCUAGGGGCUACAAUUCUGGAAUUUAUCUUCGUAAUGGAGCUUGAUUUCCUGAAAGGUAGAGAAAAGCUGCAGGCGCCUGUCUUCACGUUGCUGCAGGGCCAGGAGGAAGCUCUUGGAAACUGA